AUGUAUAGCAACUCUACAGUUAUCGCGGAUGGUGUAGCGGAAGCAUCCCUGACAUCGCAAGCAGACCAGGAGAUACUAGGAGAUCCCCUCACCACAACUAUUUUCGACGCAAUGCCAGAGGUCAUGGCAAAUAUCGCCAUGAUGAACGCGACUAAUGCGACACUUUGGGGAAACAUCGAUGGUUACGUUCAGGGCAUGGUCAUGCUUUCUUAUCAAGUGACGUGGAAUGCGAUGGUCGAAACAUUUUACACGCACAUUCGAGAAGAGGCUACGGCAUACCCGCCGAGAUAUCUCAUCUCUAUCAAGGUUCAAAGGGGAGCAUUAGUUGGUUGGGCAAUCGUGGUUCUUGCCGUUAUUAUCCCUGGGCUCGUCUUUCUUCUUAUUGAGAUCCAUAUCACGCUAAACGACGAUGCGCCGGUCCUUGUGGAAGACUCCACUAUAGCUGCCUUGAGACUUGAUGUUUCCGAUAUUUGUCAAGACAUCCCGAGCCUCUGCAAAUCGACUAAGCUCUCAGGCACUGAUAAGAUGGCUGGACUAAGGUUCAGGAAGGUUCCUGAAGAACAGAGUCACACCUAUCAACAGGCUAUCUGGUGUCGAUUUCGCAGACUAGAAAAGGUGUUGCCGGCGAAGAAAGACGAGGUCUUAGAUAUCAAUGAGGGCCACGAGGAGUAUAGAGGCUAUAUGAGAUGCGAAGGCCGUGAGGGGUACGAGGAAUAA